UAGCAUUCGGCGAGCUUCUACCGUGGUGGUUUAUAGAGGCGGAACUGAAUCUUAUUCUUAAUUAUCAUGUGACGGGUUCAGGAUUUCAUGGGGGGGAAAGCGUGGAAAAGGACAAGGAUCCAAGCUGGCGCCCUUCCUCAUCUUCGCGGCCCUCUCCGCUCUCCGACCGGCGGUGCUGCCAGGGUGUAUUUCCCUUUUUUCGACCCUGCAACAGCCUCUUUAAACUGUUUAAAUGAGAAUGUCCUUGGCUCAGAGAGUACUACUCACCUGGCUUUUCACAUUACUCUUCUUGAUCAUGUUGGUGUUGAAACUGGAUGAGAAAGCACCUUGGAACUGGUUCCUCAUAUUUAUUCCAGUCUGGAUAUUUGACACAAUCCUCCUUGUCAUGCUGAUUGUGAAAAUGGCUGGGCGGUGUAAGUCUGGCUUUGACCCUCGACAUGGAUCACACAAUAUUAAAAAAAAAGCAUGGUACCUCAUUGCAAUGUUACUUAAAUUAGCCUUCUGCCUUGCACUCUGUGCUAAACUGGAACAGUUUACUACCAUGAAUCUGUCCUAUGUCUUCAUUCCUUUGUGGGCCUUAUUGGCUGGGGCUUUAACAGAACUUGGAUAUAACGUCUUUUUUGUGAGAGACUGACUUCUGAGUACAUCAUCUCGUUUCUGUUGCUGUCCAACAAGCUAUCAUUAAAGUGUUCUGAAUCUUUGCAAGCUUCAAGGAUACCAGAGAACUAUGGGGAAGUAUCACACAUAGUUUUACCCUGCUUCCAUAAGUCGAGAUUGGUGAAUGAUGGACUCCUGGUCGAUCCAAAGCUUGAUUAUUCAGUGUUGGAAUUGUUGCUGUCCUUCUAUACCUAUGUAAAUAAAGUUUGAUUUGGACCUCAUUUUUCUACACGACUCUUGAAUAAAUAAUCUAUUGUAUGUGGUCGGUAUUUUAAGUCAUUAAUACAGUAUUAAAUCUACAUAUUUGGAUUUUUAGAUCGUGGUCUGUUAUGACCAAAGUAAAUGACUAUUUGUGCUUCUAAAUUUUGAAGGAAAACAAUGUAUAGUUAUUGAAAUAGUUCAGGGUACCGCUUCACGUUUACAUUCAGAAAGAGUCUUGAGUUUGACAGACUUUUAACCUAGGCCAAGUUCACUGUUAGGUCUGCCCUCUGUUUGAGACAAAUUAGUAGAGGUGGUAUGUUAAAGCAGCAGAAGCUUACCUCUUCCUUAUAUUCUAGUUCAGUAAGGAGAGGCCCAGUCUGUGCCCUUGUCCUGAGAUUUCAGGGAAUUCGCACCCCUGUCACUGGUACAAGUGUCUUGGUUUGAGAGAUCACGUGGUCACCCUACUAACGUACUUAACCAAUCCCAGUGAAGCACAGGUGGCAGUACUUAAAAACACUCAGAGACUGAAGUGUAUAACCUUAAAGCAAAAUGGUUGUUCUUGCCCUGUACAACUCUCACUUUUAAGCUCUGGGAGAUCUUUAUGUGGGAUUUUGUUUUCAAAAAGAUUUAACAAACAAAAAAGUGAUUUCUGGCCAAUUAGCACAAGAUUGCUUUGAUACAGCAUUUUGGUCUAGUUCUCAUGAUGACAAGACAACAUAAUGACAGACAACAUAAAUUUCAGCCACACCACCAGCUUGGAUCCUUUCUGGGCAUUUGAAACUAAAUAGCUAAAUAAAAAAAAAAAUCAA